AACCGAAAUGGAGAGUCAAAGUUUCAAGUCCCUCAGCAUCGACGAGUUUAAUCAGAUGGCAAUUCGGCCGGACUUUCCAGAACUCAUCAAAAAGGAACACGAGCAACUUGUGGCGGUGCAGCUACCAGGUACUAUUGAUCAUUAUUCAAGACCUGAGAAUUCAUCCAAGAACCGAUCCACACUUUUUCCGUGUUGGGAUCACUCUCGGGUGAUUUUGAAGCCUCCAAAGGGAACUCCAUAUGGCAAUCAUACAGCAUCAUCUUACAUACAUGCAAACUAUGUAGAUGGAUUUGAAGAUACAAAUAAAUUUAUCUGUUCCCAAAGUCCGAUGGAAAACACGUGUGAAGACUUCUGGCGGAUGGUCUCCCAAGAAAAUUGUCGUAUCAUCGUCUCUUUAACGAAAGUAGACCUUGCGGAUGAACAUUGCUACGAAUAUUGGGCCAAGGAAAAGUAUUGUGAAAAAGUAUUUGGAAAUUAUAUCAUACGAACCCUUGAUAUUAUUGAAGAAGAAAAUUUCACCAAUACGCGAUUACUGCUCAUAGAUGCAAACAAUGAUAUCUCACGGGAGAUUCAUCACUUCUGGUACACUAAUUGGCCUCGCCAUCAUGGUUGGCCUAUUAAGUCGUUGGAAUUGUUCAAACUUAUAGUCAAAGUGAACGAGAAACGAGAGGAGUUGAAAAAAACACCAUACUUCCGACCAGGACCCAUAGUAGUUCAUUGCUCUGGAGGGUUGAACUGGACAGGAAUAUUCUGUGCUAUAGACAAUGCGUUAUAUCGAGCGCAGAAAAAACGAACAGUGUCGCUCCCGCAGACGGUUAUAAAUAUUCGUAAGCAAAGACAUUCGAGUUUUUUUUGUUCUGUAGAGUAUGAAAUUUGCUACCGUGUAUUAUAUGAGAUUAUCUAAUAUUGAAAACUUAUGUAUUAUAAUUGUAAGCUGCUCUAUGUAUCCCAAACAUACGCUGCAGCUAUGAACUUUUUUUUGGGAAGUCUGACAACAAGUAAUCAUUUUAAUUAUAAGUUGGUAUACUUGAAUUUUGUAAAGGGAUUUCAUGAUGACCAUAUGUUUGAAAGAACCCUAAUUUAUUAUUAGUUUUAGUCUCUAACUUACCCUAAUUUCGGGAACCUAGUUUUUAAGUGGCACUUGGCAGCUUAUAUUUUACUCACUAAUGGUACAUUGAUUUAUAUAAUGAAAACCGUGUAACAAAUAAGACAACUUUUCCUGUUUUGAGCUAAAUAUAAUUUUUCCUUAUCAGACUAAAGCUAUGGUACAUACAUUGUGUGAAUACAGUUUAGUUUAAAAUAUGACUAUACCUAUAAAAUAAUUGUACAAAUAUCUAGGUGAUUCUCUAAAAAUAAGCACUCUUAGAAUAAUUUAACUAACCCUAUUAACAUAAGAGCUUAAUAACUAACAUUCUUAUAUUUUAUUACAAUAAGUUCUAUAAAUAAUUAAGAAAAGUGUAUAGAAGUAAGUACUAUUGGAAAAAUACUUAAGUUAUUUCUAACAUACAAGAGUAAUGUUUCCCCUAAUUUUGUAAAUUUUAUAUUAUACUUGUCGACUUAAUGUUAUUGUUAGUAUUAGUUUUCUUUUAGAUAUAAAACUUUAUUUAAUAAAGCGGUGGCUACAUUUACAACGAGUGUUUUUGAUUCCCU